GCUAGUAUUAUGAUCCCAAAGCAAAAAAGAACCCUCUGUUUUCCACUUUCACUGCGAUCUUCGCGCUGAUUCUCUUCCUUUUCUGCUAUCCCUUGAUCGCUUCCCCUUUUUCUUCCCUUGCUAAUGAUCAUAAUCGUAAUCACAGCCUCUUAGUUUCUCCCACUUUCCAGCUUCUCUGAUCGUGCGUGAAUAGCAUACUGCUUCCACCACCUAUUUUCUAUUACUACCACGCAAAGUCCAUUUCUUAUCUGAUUUGCUCGUCUUUUCCUGACUUUUUGGCUUCAUCGUUAAUAUUCGGUCGAAAGGCGUGGAAUUAAACGUGUUGGUUUUGGAUGUUGGCUCGAUUGCCCUUGUAUUUGGAUUAUGCUGAUAGUCUGAUACUGAGUAUUAGUCAUGAGCGAAGGACUUCUACAAAUUGAGCCCACGGAACUUAAGUUUACAUUUGAAUUAAAGAAGCAAAGUUCAUGCUCAGUUCAGCUGACUAAUAGCACCCACCACUAUGUUGCUUUCAAGAUCAAGACAACUUCACCUAAGAAAUACUCAGUACGGCCACAUGUAGGGGUUCUCAUGCCAAAAUCUUCUUGUGUGUUUGUAGUCACAAUGCAAGCUCAACGAACAGUGCUGGUAGAUCUGAUGUGCAAGGACAAAUUCUUAAUUCAGAGCACCAUUGUUCCUGUUGGAACCACUAAUGAUGACAUUACUUCUAGCUUGUUUGUCAAAGAUGCCAGCAGAUGCAUUGAAGAAGAGAAACUGAAAGUAACCCUGGUGAGCCCAUUUCAUUCAGCCGAAGCAUCUCCUGUUAAUGGAGACAUUAAAAAUGGGCCUGCUCAUGGAAAUGAUAAGAUAUUCAGUGAAGAUGAAAUCGUAUCCCCAGAACACAUGGUUGUUAAGAAUGCAGAGAAUAAGGUAUAUAAUGAGGAGUUAAAGCACGAAAAGGAUAUGAAAUUGAAGCCGGCGAAAGAUAAGGUGUUUGACCCUGUGAAGGAUGUGGAGCAACAGAAGCCAGAUCAAGCAGCACUGGAAGUGUCAAAAGAUUUGGAGCUGAACGUCGCGAAGGAUGUAGAGGAACUGAAGUCAGAAAAAGCAGCAGAGUCAAGGAUAUCAAAGGGUGCAGAAGAGCUGGAAUUAAUGGAAUCUAUUGAGAAGUUAGAAGUGUCGAAAGAUCUGAACUUUAGCACUGCUAUGAAUGUAGAAGAACUAGUGUCAGAAAAGGAAGCGAAAUUAAAGGUGCCAAAGGGCGUAGAGGAGUUGAAAUUAAUGGCAUCCAUUGAAGAGUUGAAGCUAAAACUAGAUGAAUUUGAGUCCAAGUUAAAUGAGGCUGGAGUAACAAUAUCGAAGCUAACCGAGGAAAGGAUGGCAAGCAGUCUAGAGACUAAGAUCUUGCAAGAAAAACUAGCCGAUCUGCUCAAGAAAGAUGCAAGAAAAGUUAAAGUUGAGUUCCCUCUUCUGCAUGUCUGUGUGGUGGCGCUAAUCUGUGUAUUCCUUGGAUACCGUUUACAUCCCUGAGUCUUGAAAACUUUGGGGCAUCGUCUAUAUGAAGUGGCAAACAUUUUGAGUUGUUUAUGGUUUUGUUAAUAGCUGGAGGUUUUUCGUAAAUACUUGUAUGUUAAUAUCUGCAGAUGCGAUGAUUAGGGUCAGGGAUGCUCAUGUUAAAGGAAACAAAUAAUAUGAGAUCAUGGUAGGCAUGAGACCGUCGGUUAUAGGAUUUGAAUUUGAUGACUAUAUUUAUUAUUUAAUGCAGGCAUCGAGUGACUGUAACAUGUGAAUUACUGAAAUACAAAUUAAUUGUUUAUAUAAAUUUACUUAUUUAUUAA